GCGACUGGGUACGAGUCUGUUGCAGUCACGAGCUGGAAGCAGGAUGAAUGUAUUUUGUAAGACCUGAUGCUUUGGUAUAGAAGACCCUCAAGCAUUGUCUGACGACAUUUGAUGCUCAAAAAACCUUACAAGCCUGUGUUUCGACAUAUCUAAGUCUUAUUUCGUCGAGUCAUGACUGAAGCGGAGUGCUUGGAACGAUUAAGAGCAUUGAUGAAAACUCUGGGAUUGGAUGCAUUUUUGAUUGAAAAUCAAGAUGCUCACCAUGAUGAAUACAUGUCAUAUGUUGACUGUCGCAGUUCUAUAUUAACAGGAUUUGUCAACCGCUAUGCCAAGUUUGUGAUUACUGAAAGCAAAGCUGCAUUAUGGAUCGACUGUCGCUACUUGUCCCACCACCAGAACGCUCUUGACAGCAAAGUCUGGACAAUUUACCUAAAAGGUCAUUCUGAUACACCAACAAGAGAGGAAUAUCUGUUAAAGGUUUUGCCAUCAAAUGCAAGAGUUGGAGUCAACCCUUUUUACAUAUCAUACAGGUGUUGGAACAGUUUAGAGAAGGAACUCACAUCAGCUGGACAUAAACUUGAACCAGUGAAUACAGAUCUGAUUGACAUUAUUAGAAAGGAAAAUGGGCUUGCCAACAGACCACCACCUCCCAAGAAAAGCAUGUUUGUAAUGGACUUAAAGUAUUCAGGCAAAUCAUGGCAGGACAAAGUAACAGAUAUCCGAGAACAGCUUCAAAGUAGAUAUGCUUAUGCAUUUGUAGUGUCAAAGCUUGAUGAACUAGCAUGGCUGUUCAACAUUCGUGGAGAUGACAUCCCUUACAAUCCUGUGGUGUAUGGUUAUGCUUUGGUUACCCUUGAUGACAUAAGCAUUUUCAUUGAUGAAAAUAAACUGACAGAAGAAGUCCAGGUUCAUCUUGGACUAAACAGCCACAAUGCCAAACAUGCUAGACAUGUCGAUCAUGUCAAGAUAUAUCCAUAUGAUGGCAUUACUAGUGCAGUUGCUGAUUUAGCCAAACUUAACAAGAGAAUAUGGAUGUCUACAGAUGUUGCUGCUGCUCUAGGAAAUCUUAUCAGCGAGGAUAAUUUGCUGAUUGAAAUGUCACCAGUUGCCCGUAGAAAAGUCUGUAAAAAUCCAAUUGAAGUCCAGGGCAUGAGGAAUUGUCAUAUACGGGAUGCAGUUGCUCUGUGUGAAUUUUGGGCUUGGCUAGAUGAAGAGGUAACUAAUGGAGUCACAACAGUUCAGGCUGCAAACAAGCUUGAUAAGUACUGCAGUGAACAAGAUGAUUUUCUUGAUAGUUGUUUCACUACUCAGUCAUACAUUGGUAAUGGUAGUACGGGAAAUACACUUUGCCCAGAAUCAGGUAAAAUUAUCUCUGCUAAAGGACUAUAUCUGAAUGCAUCCGGUAGGCAUUACAGGGAUGGCACAACUAAUAUCACUCGCGUGAUGCAUUAUGGGACACCAUCAGAAUGGGAAAAGGAAUGUUAUACUCGUGUUUUGAUGGGUCAUAUUGAUUGUGCUGAUACAGCAUUCCCUAGAGGAACCACGGGCCAUGCUUUGGAUGCUAUAGCGCGUCGUGCUUUAUGGCGUGCUGGUCUAGAAUGGAUGGUUUUUACUGGUCAUGGUGUGGGACAUGUAUUGAUGGUUGUUGAAGAUCAUUAUGGUAUAUCCAAUACGCCAUUUCACCAGGAGUUGCCUUUGUCGGAGGGAAUGUGCUUGACUAUCGAACCAGCCUACUACGAGGAUGACAGUAAUGGGAUACGAAAAUUUGGCAUUCGACUUGAAAACCUGUUUGUUGUAUGCCCUGUGGAACUCAAGAAAAACCACAAGGAACUUGGAUAUUUGCAGUUUGAAAUCGUCUCAUUCGUACCGUUCUCAAGAAACUUGAUCAAUACCUCCAUGAUGACUAAACCACAGAUAAAAUGGUUAAAUGCCUACCAUUCUAAAUGUCUUGAAGUUCUUUCUCCAAUCUUAAAAGAACAAGGGAGGACAAGAGCACUAGACUGGUUAAAAAGAGAAGCUCAGCCAUUAGAUAUGAAUCCAUGAUAGACUAGCUACACCGCCAUCUUGGAGCAUUCGUAAUUUUUAGAGUUGGGUCAUUAAACCCGUGAAACAAAAUCUGACUAUUUUAAUAGUCAAAUAGACACAAAAGAAUUAGAGUCAUUUUCAUCCGUCUG